CCAAUUCACUUUCAUGAUCCUACUCUGGUUAUCGCAUGUAGUCUGAUAAGAUCUCGCUCCAUAGUAUACUUCACCAAAGAUCAUCGCUUGAAAUGACCAAGUCUAUCCAGACCGACCCGAACAUUUACAACAUGCCAUGUCAGGAAUGCUUGCCUGCAAAAUAUGUAUCGAGUCCCGCUCGUCUUAUCCGAGCAGUAGCGAAGAGUACCGGGGAAGGAAGAUUUUACAUCGAGAUGCGGCACAACAUGUACUUCAUCAAUUCUUAUGAGACCAUUGAUGUGAAAGAGAUCGUCGUCAGAUAUCGAGAAAUAGCGAGACAUCAGUCAAGUCUUUUGAAAUAACACAUCCAGUCACAUGUGGGGACAAUAGAUACCACAUGGCGAAGAGCGCGCCGUUGUAUACUAUCGGUUGAAAUGCCGCAGUUCAGAUGAGAAGACGCCAAUAGGAGGAAUUUUCCAGGAGGAAAAAGAGUAGCAGUCUUGUCCUAUUUAUUCACCGUUUUGAUUGAUUUGAGUCCCCAUCAAUGGUCAUACGUUGGGAACGUCCUCGACCUUACGUGCCUUCAAUUAUGUACAGUUGACGUUGGGUCAGUCAGAAGUCAAGCUCAAAAUUGUUGUUUGCAUGCGUUCCUGUCGGUACUAUAGAGAAGUUUACUUAUAGCGAAGCGGCAACCCAGGAG